AUGUGGUCUGCCAUGGUUUUGCUCCCUAUAGGAGCUACACUUACACAUCAAUCGCCGCUGUCAAUACUGGAUCUCCAGAGCGAUUCGCUGGCCCUCACUGUCCCUACAACAGCACCGAGUGGAACUUCUCAUGUCGUCGACCAAUCAUACCUAGGACUAGCCAUUUCUCAGCACUCAUUUCAGGAAUACGCCGGCAACAAGUCUUCCCCAAACAAGUUCUCUGCCAAUCUCAUCAACGCGAUUUCACAAAGGACAGGCACUGCAGUGCAUAUCAGAGUUGGGGGUACUUCUGGAGACUUUUCAACUUUCGAUCCGAAUCAGAAAGAAUCAAUCGUAUUCCCGCCCGGAUACAAACCUGGAGGCAUUCCAAAGGGAAUGAAGCUUGGCCCUGCGUGGUAUGAAGGGUUUACGAGCUUUCCCGGAGUUCAAUGGACGUAUAUGACACAUCUAGCGAACAACUCGGAUGGCCAGAAAGCGAACUCCGUUGCUGGUACGAAAGAGGCAAUCAAAAACAUUGGAUCGAAUCUCGAAGCGUUGGAGAUUGGCAAUGAGAUCAACUUCUACCCGAAUGUCAACCGCAAUGGCAGCUAUAGCGUCGUCAACUACCUCAACGAGUGGAACGACUACCAGGAGGCGAUUGAUGCUGCAGCUGGGAAACAGAAGUAUCAAGCUCCAGUCUACUUUGGCAACAAUUGCCCAUGGUGCAUCUCGAAUACCUUUCAAAGAGGGCAGAACUCGAAGAACAAUGUCGUCUCGGCAGCUCUCCACCAUUACAUGGACGGAUCCAAUGUACCAGUUACGGCUCUACAGAGCAACUACAUGAAUCACACCCGAAUCGCAAACCAGCUCGAUCCAUUCAAAAAACCAGUCGCGUGGCUGGCAGACAACGCCCCAAGCGUUAAAGUCGACCUCGCAGAAGACAACAGCAACACCUACAGCACCAACAACUACGACGUCCUCGGCGUCUUCGGCUCCACCCUCUGGCUGGCGGACUAUCUGCUGUACGGCACAACCCUAGGCAUCCGACGCAUGAACAUCCAACAAAGCACGGGCUUCAGCUACGCCUCCUGGCGCGGCGUCGACUACAACGGCCUGCCCGCCGCCGUCCUCCCACCCUACUACGCCCACCCCUUCGUCGCCGACGUCCUCGGCAAAACCGGCAGCACGCGCGUCGUCAACAUCGCCACCGGCAGGGACACCUUCUCCGCCUACGGCAUCUACGACGGCAGCACCCUAAAGCGAAUCGUCCUCAUCAACUUCCGCGAAUACAACUCCGCCAGCAGCUCCUCCCGCCCUGCCACGACCGUCUCCCUCACCGCGGGGAGCUACAACGGCAAAGUCACCGUCGAGCGCCUCACUGCUCCCGACGCGCAUGUUCAGGACGCGAGCAAGAUUUCUUGGAGGGGUUUGAGCUGGACGAAGCAGAGUAAUGGGCAGGCGUAUCAGAGUGCGCAGACGACGGGGUCUGCGACGGCGAAGAGUGGGAAGUUUUCCGUGGAUUUGCCGGAUAGUUCGGCGGUGUUGUUGACGUUGGGGUGA